AUGAAGUGUUCAGACUGUGGUUCCCUGAACCUCGAUUCCAGUGAUGGACCAACAGUAUGCAUGGAUUGUGGUGGAGUCAUGGACGAAUCACAUAUUGUCUCUGAAGUCCAAUUUGAAGAAACUGAUCAUGGAUCUCGUGCUGUUGGACAGUUUUUAUCAUCUGAUUCUCAAGCUGCGAAUUUCCAUAACUUUGGUAGCGCUUUCCACCAUGGCAUGAAGCAACCGUCUCGAGAAAUGACUCAAGCCAAAGCUAGACGUGGUAUACAAGUAUUAAGCAACAGUCUCAACCUUAGUCCUCAAACCUUGGAAAACGCUUGCGUCUAUUACAAUAUGGCAUUGAAAAGGCACUUUACUCGAGGCAGAAAGAAUGCCUUAAUCUAUGCAGCAUCUGUUUACAUAGCGUGCCGUAUGGAAGGCACUAUGCACAUGCUAUUAGAUGUAGCUGAUGCUAGUGAAGUUAAUGCAUUUGAGCUAGGAAAGACAUACCUGAGAAUGAUGCAAACAUUGACUCUGACAGUGCCUAGUCUUGAUCCCAGUAUUUUUCUUAUGCGUUUUGUUAAUUCUCUGGAUUUUGGUGAUAAAACCCAUAUUGUGUAUACAACAGCAAUGCGAUUACUGCAAAGAAUGAUGAGGGACUCAAUUCAUACAGGUAGAAGACCGUCCAGUUUAUGUGGUGCAGCUUUAUUGAUUUCAGGGCGUAUGCAUGAUUUUAACCGUACUACUGAUGACAUUAUUAAAGUUGUUCAUUGUCACCAUGCCACUUUGAAGAAACGGUUAUUGGAGUUCAAAGACACACCUUCUAGUAUGUUGUCAAUAGAAGAGUUUAUGACUGUGGACUUGGAAGAAACCCAUGAUCCUCCAUCCUAUCGAGUAGCUCGUGCUAAAGAUAAGGAGCGCAUAGACAAGUUUUUUGAAGCAAAUGAUAGUGAAAAAGUGAUCGAUGAAGUAAAAACUGCGAUUGAAAAAGAACUAAGUAAGAAAAAAAAUACUACUGUUUUAGGUGUCAACUUGGUUGAAAUAGCAGCAGCAGCAUCCCCUGAACCAGGAAGCAGUUGCAAACCUGUGAAUGUAGGGCCUUCGUUAGAAAUUAUGGGUUUAUCGGAAAAUAAACGGUCUUAUGAAGAAGACGACGAAGAGGAAUCAUUGUGUGAUGUUGUAAUAGAUGAAGAUGAAAUAGACUCUUAUAUUCUGUCUAAGGAAAGCCAUCAAAUCAAGAGAAAUAUGUGGAUGAAAAUGCAUGGUACUGCUUUCAGAAAGAUGCAAUUGAGCAGGGAAGAAAGAGCUAAAAACCCAAAGGUUAUCAGAGCUAAAGAAAAAAAAGCCAAAAAUGCAUUACGUACACCAGCAAAGACAGCGGCUGAAGCUGUAGAACGAGUUUUGAAAAAGAAAAAACUGUCAUCAAAAAUCAACUACGACAUACUUGACAAUCUUGACAGUUUUGUUAAUUCUGAUUCCUCAUCUUUACCUGGACUAUAA